AUUCAUAAAACGGAAAGAGGCGGACUGCUCGUGAUAGUAAUGCUCUCAGGAGAAUAAGAGCACAACAUUGCGCAGGAGCUGCUCAGCAUUAACACACAUCCUGCACUCUUCGUGUUCUUCAACAGGAAAAAGAGAAUUACCUUCAUUAUGGAGGAAAAUAUGGUUAUUAUGGAUGAACUUUGCGAAAUGGAUUGCAACGUUUUGAAAAGGUUGUUGAAGGACGACAGUGCGAAAUGCCUGGUGCUGGACUGCCGAUCAUUUUUGGCGUUUAGCGCUGGACACAUUCGGAGCGCAGUGAAUAUUCGCUGUAACACCAUUGUGAGAAGGCGAGCGAAGGGCUCGGUGAGUUUAGACCAGAUUCUGUCGAGUGAUGAAGAGGUCAAAGCCCGGCUGACAUCAGGGCUGUACUCAGCUGUAAUUCUCUACGACGAGAGGACGCCCGACAUAGACACUGUUAAAGACGAUAGCACAAUCACUCUGGUGCUCAAUGCAGUGUACAGAGACACAUUUGGAACUGAAAUAUUUCUACUAAAAGGGGGCUACGACAGAUUUUUCACGGAGUAUCCCGAGUUCUGUUUGAAGACCAAAACGUUAUCUUCGUUCUCUACCCAGUCCAGUUUGGACGCGUGUUCUUCCUGUGGAAUUCCACAGACGUCCCACCAUGACCAGGCUGGUCCUGUGGAGAUUCUUCCAUUCCUGUACCUUGGCAGUGCCUUCCAUGCCUCCAAAAAGGACAUGCUGGACGGCAUGGGCAUCUCUGCCUUACUCAACGUGUCCUCUAACUGUCCCAACCACUUCGAGGGGGUUUACCAGUACAAGUGCAUUCCUGUGGAGGACAACCACAAAGAGGACAUCAGCUCCUGGUUCAUAGAAGCCAUUGAGUUUAUCGACUCUGUGAAAGACUCCAACAGACGUGUGCUGGUGCACUGCCAGGCGGGCAUCUCUCGCUCUGCCACCAUCUGCCUCGCAUACCUGAUGAAGAAGAAGCGUGUUCGGCUAGACGAAGCCUUUGAGUUCGUCAAGCAGCGCCGCAGUAUCAUCUCCCCCAAUUUCAGCUUCAUGGGUCAGCUGCUGCAGUUCGAGUCCCAGGUGCUGGCCACAUCAUGCGCGGUGGAGGCUGCCAGCCCCUCGGCAGCCAGCCUGGACCCCAAGUCUUCCUCCAGCCCUACGUCGCCCUUCAUCUUUAGCUUUCCCGUCUCCGUGGUAGCACAUGGCCAGCCCAGCAGCCUGGCCUACCUGCAAAGUCCAAUCACAACCUCACCCAGCUGCUGAUGCCCCGCCCCCACAAAGACUCACUGCCCCAUUCCUCUCACUAUCCAGACCAGAGAGAGAGAGGUUAUCUUCUCCUACCUGGUAUAAGCUGAAAUGUCCAUUGACAAUGAAACACUGAGGGCGCCUAUCCUGCUGCCUGACACAAAAGACUGUAUAGAAUAUGGCACUCACACGUACACCUUCAUCACUAUAUGGUGACUAAUAAAUACACUCUUUCAUAAAACAGGCUAAAGAACAGAUGCAGUUCCUGUGUUUUAGUGUGAAGGUGGACACAGGAAGGACGGGGCGGCAGAAUUCUAAGUUGUUGUCCACCUUUUCCAUUUCCUGUGGAGUUUUCCAAAGCCACUCCGGUCCUGUUGAGAGGGCUAAAUGGCCGUGAGCAGAGAUGCAGAGAAAACGAAAGCGCAAAGAGGGGAGGGGGGAGAAAGAGAGUGCUCAGUCAUUUAGUGGCUUCCUGAUGGAGCGCAGGAGGCUCUUCAGUUGUGACAGGUGCUUGCUAGCAUCCUGUCCGGCUUCCUGUCCCUGACAUCUCCAUCCUCUCUCCCACACGCCCCCUCCUCUUCUGGAGCAGGACUGCUGAUGAAUGACUGAAUAAAAGAGUCACCCCUACGGAGGAGGAGAGGCCACUGAGAUGGAGAGACUAGCUUUCUGAGACAGUGCCAAAUGAACGUCUGAACCCCUGCUACACUGCCCGGGCAACCCCUGGUGUUCCAUGUAAUAAGCUCGGUCGGAAGGACAGAUAUGCUUUUGAGGGGAAAGGGGGUCUAGUCAUUUCUUUUUUUUUUGUUCAGUGCCUUGUUCAGAGAAGGUAUAGGAUGUUUUUCCACAGGAUGUGCUCAAGUGCCCCAGCGCCUUUUCUUUCCAAACAGACUGUGGCAGAUAAACUGGCAAAACUCUAAACAGCAACAACAAACCAUUUCAAGUCAGCACUGCAAUACAGACAAUGUAAUCCAAUCCGUUCCUCUCCCCCAAGUAGAGCAAUAAUGCGUUUCUCUCUCUUUCCAGUUUCCACCAAAGUACUACAUUGUGUUGUGUAUUUAUAAUCAUGUUUUUAGCUUCAUAUGUGUGUAUUCGCUAAUCGAUAAAGACCGGAUCAUUGAGAAGUGCUGUUUGCCUUACCAAUAAUGAUUUUUUUCUAAUUCACCAGAUAAGAAUGUUGUUAUUUUUCAUUCCUGUAUGGAGGCAUAUUGUUGUCUGUUACAUAGGUACUAUUUAUGUUCAGACCAUGGAUGCUGAUUGGUCUAAUGCUUGUUGGACGAGGGAGUUAGUUGGGAACAGACCUAUGGCUUGUUUCUUUGUCUUAUCACUGUUACUCCACCAAUGUCUAGUAGAUCCAGACUACUUUCUAAACUUGCCAAAUGCACAAUAACCAACAGGGACAAUUUCCCGGCUACGCACAAACACCCCUAACAAAACAGGCACACUGGAAUGUCUGACAUCACUGGGAAAAAAUAUAUAUGAGAUGGUAGAAAACUGCUAGUGUGUGCUGCCACUGAACUGAUUCAUGUGAAAUGGUUAGUUUUUCUUCUCAUUUCAUUCUCUGAGUGAAAAUAUUGCCUGGAAAUGCUGGCCCAGGCGACGAUCAGAGCCAGGAGCAAAGGCUUUUGGGAAAACAGGAUUUUACUCCCCUCCUCUUUUUGAAGAAUGCUGGCACCUUUUAUAGAGCACUUUUUAGUGAUGCAAUACCGUAUUAUAACUUUGAAUUAAUUUGCACAUUAUUAUUACUAUGAUACCAGGUGGUAACUGAUGACAUAAUGUGCUUUUGUUCUUGAACGAGGGUAUGUAUGUAAAUGAUAUGAAGAUGAGAAGCGUUCUCUGGUCCACAAUCAUUGAACAAUGCAAUACUUUCUACCUGUGUCAAGUGAAAUGCUGUUGUCUCAUCAUGGCAAUAUCAUUCAUCAGGUUGACUUUUAAAAAAACUUUUCCCUAUGUUUUUGUUGAAUUGUAUAUGCUUUAUUUAUUCCUAAAAUUCCAUUGUGAAAUACAACAAUGUUCUUAAAAAAAGGAAAAUCUCUGUCUUACUUGCAUGAAACAUCAUACAUGGUAUCUGGGAGGGACUACAGAAAGGAUUCACACCCCUAGACAGCCCAGCCUACACACAAGACCCUAUAAUGUCAACAUGGAAUUAUGUUUUUCCAGAGUUUUACAAAUUAAUAAAAAAUGAAAAGCUGAAA